ACUGCACUAAUUCGAAAGCAUUAUAUUGUCACAGUGCAGGAAAGAGGGAGGUGAGAUGCAAUAAUGGGAGUUUUCAUUUAAAAUCUACUUAACUUUUUGGCAAUCGUAUAGGCGAGAAAAUUAUAAAACAUUGGGAGAGACCUCGUCUGACGCACUGACGUUUCGAUUUCGACCGGUUUGCGAACAGGAUGUUCAUUUUGAUGAGAAGCCGGUAAGGUCAUAAAGUGAGUUUUGUAAUGAGUGACCUAGCUACUACCUCCAUAUCAGCAUCACAGAAAAGGAUCAAAGGGGAACGGAUGAUUUUAACACGCAGUUACUUUUGAAUGUCACACAUAAACAGGGAUUGUAUCUGUUAUACGAAAUGGAUCAUUUUGCAGCAGAGUGCCUUGUGUCAAUGUCCAGUCGGGCUAUUGUCCAUGGUCCUAGAGGGAACAGGGAGAUAAAACAAGAAACGCUAUCUCCCCCAAGGAUCGGAGAAGAGAGUAAAGAUACGGUGGCGAAAGACAACUUUGUGGUGGCCAGAAUUUUAGCAGAUUUCAACCAGCAGACCUCAGCCAGUCCAUUCGACCAGACAAAAAUAAAAGACGAGAACAAACAGUCACCGCUUUCAAGCGACGAUGGAAACGCUGCCACACCUACCACCAUCAACGGUAGCACCGGUCCCAAACAAAGAGUAAGGCGCAUGAGAGGAAGCGAGCACGAAUCUCCCCAAAAGAAGCACAAAUGCCACUAUUCAGGGUGUGAAAAAGUUUAUGGCAAAUCGUCUCACCUUAAAGCCCACCUAAGGACACAUACAGGAGAGCGGCCCUUCCCCUGCACCUGGCCGGACUGCAGUAAGAAGUUUGCCCGCUCCGACGAGCUGGCGCGGCACUACCGCACGCACACCGGCGAGAAGAAGUUCGGCUGCCCGCUGUGUGACAAGCGCUUCAUGCGGAGCGACCACCUGAUGAAGCACGCCCGGCGCCACUCCGGCUUCGAGCCCGGCAUGCUGAAGCGGCCCUAUGGGCCAGCCUUGGGCGUGGCCGCACGCACCGGUUCGCUCAGCGACUACAGCCGCUCGGACGCCUCCAGCCCCACCCUGAGCCCCGCCAGCUCACCUUAAGCCACACCCCCUCAUCCAGACCCCGCCCACCCACCUUAAGCCCCACCCGCACUUUCCUUCCUGGCCAGACGGAUGGCCGUGGGCCCCGUCACUCGCGUGUUGCACACUCGUCCGCUGCCUCCUAAGCGCUAAUCCCCUGUUCGCUUGCUGCACUGUAAAUAACGGCCCUGUUGUAGUGCAAUCUUUUGUGCAACUCAAAAGAAACAGAAAAAACCAAAAAAAAAUAAAUAAAAAAAAAUCGAAAACACGCCUUCCCCAGAAGGCCAUCUUUGCUUAGUAUUCAAUAUUUAUGUACUGUUUUUAGCUUAUGGCACUCGCCGGGGUAUCGAUAGUGUUCUUAUUUAAGUUUUUCUUUAAUUUUAAACAACUCAUUUCAGGUUUAAAAAUAACAACAAAAAUUAGCAACAAGGAAAAAAAACAGACAGAUGAAUCGAGCGGUAUAUAAAGUAUUCUUCACCUUUAUUUAAAUUGGGGAGGGGGGGAAUCACAUCUACACCUCAGGAUUCAGGACAGUUGUUUUAUUACUACUUACUUGACUGCACAAUACAAACAUCACUUUACUCCGAAAUUCAACUGGGUUGAAUUUUGUUCCCCGCUCAGGGACGGCCUUGCUAGCUUGAAAGAGUGAAUGCAAUGAAGACAAACACACAGAAAGCAGCCUUACACUCAACAGGAUUUGCACUCUUUUUUUUUUUUUUUUUUUUUUUUUUUUU